AUGUAGGCCCCGCCUCCUCGGAAGAACCGGGCGUGUAUUUGCAUAAGAGAGCACUCGAAACGAUGAGGGUGGUAUGCAAAUAAGGUCUGCCUCCGAUUGGCUGGGGUACAGCAGGUGCCGCGUCCGGAUUGAUCAAAGCCAGGUGGGCGGGGCUGUCGCCCAGGGUGACUCCCGGGAGGCGCGUGCCCCAGCUCAGUAGCGUUGGGGCUGGCGCGCGCAUCGAAUCUUAACGCUGCGCCGUCUGCGGGCGCUUCCGGGCCACCAGUUUCCCUGCCUUCCAUCCUGGCGCCCCCCAGCCCUGGCUCGCCGGCCGCGCUGCCCCGGGCGUCCACGCCCUGCGGGCUCAGCGGGUUCAGCGCGUUCAAUCUGCGCAGCGCCUCCUCCAUGUUGACCAAGCCACUGCAGGGGCCUCCCGCGCCCCCCGUGACCCCCACGCAGCCGCCAGGAGGCAAGGAUCGGAAAGCGUUCGAGGCCGAGUACCGACUCGGCCCCCUCCUGGGUAAAGGAGGCUUUGGCACCGUCUUCGCGGGACACCGCGUUACAGAUCGACACCAGGUGGCCAUCAAAGUGAUUCCCAGGAAUCGUGUGCUAGGCUGGUCCACUUUGUCAGACUCAGUCACAUGCCCACUCGAAGUGGCACUGCUAUGGAAGGUGGGUGCAGGUGGUGGACACCCUGGCGUGAUCCGCCUGCUUGACUGGUUUGAAACACAAGAGGGCUUCAUGCUGGUCCUCGAGCGGCCUUUGCCCGCCCAAGAUCUUUUUGACUACAUCACAGAGAAGGGCCCACUGGGUGAAGGUCGAAGCCGCUGCUUCUUUGGCCAGGUCGUGGCAGCCGUCCAGCACUGCCAUGCCCGUGGAGUUGUCCAUCGUGACAUUAAGGAUGAGAACAUCCUGAUAGACCUCUGCCGGGGCUGUGUCAAACUCAUUGAUUUUGGUUCGGGUGCCCUGCUUCAUGAUGAACCCUACACUGACUUUGAUGGGACAAGGGUGUACAGUCCCCCGGAGUGGAUCUCUCGACACCAGUAUCAUGCACUCCCAGCCACUGUCUGGUCACUGGGUAUUCUCCUCUAUGACAUGGUGUGUGGGGACAUUCCCUUCGAGAGGGACCAGGAGAUUCUGGAAGCUGAGCUCCACUUCCCUGCCCAUGUCUCCCCAGACUGCUGUGCCCUAAUCCGUCGGUGCCUGGCCCCCAAACCCUCUUCCCGACCCUCACUGGAAGAGAUCCUGCUGGACCCCUGGAUGCAAACACCAACUGAGGAUGUACCCCUCAACCCCCCCAAAGGAGGCCCCACCCCUUUGGCCUGGUCCCUGCUGCCCUAG